UGGCCUCAGCCCCGGAAGCCGGAAGCGCCGGUCGCUCCGGGGUCGCUGGCCCGAAGACCAUGAGCGCGGCGGGUGGCGUUCGCCGCCGCGCGCGACUGUCACGCCUCGUGUCCUUCAGUGCGAGCCACCGGCUGCACAGCCCCUCUCUGAGUGAUGAAGAGAACUUGACAGUGUUCGGGAAGUGCAACAAUCCCAAUGGCCAUGGACACAACUAUAAAGUUGUGGUGACAGUACACGGAGAGAUUGAUCCUGUUACAGGAAUGGUUAUGAAUUUGACUGACCUCAAAGAAUACAUGGAGGAGGCCAUCAUGAAGCCCCUCGAUCACAGGAACCUGGAUCUGGAUGUGCCGUACUUUGCAGAUGUUGUAAGCACAACAGAAAAUGUAGCUGUCUACAUCUGGGAAAACCUCCAGAAACUUCUUCCUGCAGGAGUUCUUUAUAAAGUAAAAGUGUAUGAAACUGACAACAACAUUGUCGUGUAUAAAGGAGACUAGAUUUUAGGGUUAAAUUAUAGGAAGGCUGAUUGCUUUUCAUAAUUAAAAAGCCCUUUGUCCUUUAGAAUAUCCAGCAGUCAUCACAUACUUGUGUCUCCACGUUGUAUUCUAGAAUGCUGAGAGUUAAAAAUAAUUGUAAGGUCCAUAUUUAAGUGUAUUUAAAAAUCAGACUUUUAGUAUGUCCUGAAUAUAUAUUUGGUGAGGGAACAGGGAAGAGCUGAGGACUGGUGCCCGCCCCCCCCCCC